GCGGACAGCCGUGUUGUGUGGUAACGUAACGAAAUCGACAGUUCAAAAUAGCAGUCAAGUCGCUAGCCGAAAGACCGCGGAUUUUUGACGUGUGAUUCAAUAGAAAAAAAACAACCGUGAAUAUAAACGGAAAUAGCAAACACCCGGAAACGGCGUACAGUUUGUGUUUUCUUUUCAUCGAAGUUGACCUGCAAGCAAAAUUUGUUGAAAACCGUAAACUAGUUUGCUUUUGAGAAGGCACGGAAGAACACACGUUAGUGACGCGAGCAAAAGUGUUCAGUAACGUAUAACGUACCAUUUGAAAUUUUUUGACUCAUUGAAGAAGCAGAAAUUCAACCAAAUUCGAAAUGGCUUUUAUGAUGCCCGUUGUGAAAAAUGAAUGGAAUAUUUACAACACCAACAGGAGUAGACGUUCAUCGGAGUGUUCUAACCCCCAGACCUGUAGAAGCCGUAAGGUCUCAGAGUGCUCCAAGUCUGAGGGACCAUCACUUUCAACCUCUCCGGGUUCCGACUAUCUGACCUCACCGGCUCACCGCCCGAUCCCUUUAACAUCCCGACAAUUUUCAAGGACUUCCUCAAGGGCGUCCCAAAGCUCCCUUCAAAGCCCAAGCAAGAGCACCGGUAGUUCACCACCGAAGACCGGAAGCUCAAACUCGUUAAAUAAGUUCCACAAUAGACUCGUAGACAAGCUGAAACGGUCCCUGAAGAAGGCGGACGACAACUCAGAGGACCAGCGUAACCUGUCGUGAGACAAUCAAGCGGUUUUGGGCCGGCCACCUGCCACCGGUUCGAAACCAAUUGAGUUUCGCCGUACUUCGGCCCCUUCCGGUUCCGGGACGAGUCUAAAACUUUUAGCUCGGUCAUGCCCGGAUCCAGACCCGGACUCGCCAGUUGCCUGGUAAGCAGAAGUAGUAGAAAUCAUCGCGUUGAUCGUCGAUCUCAUCGACAAACGCUGAGUUAUCCUAUCGGAGUAAAAAAUCACAGACGCAACGCUUGCUUUAUUCCGCCCUGCAUAUGGCGCAGCGCGAUUCGUGCUACCGACGAAACUCUGCAAGGAUAAAACUCGAUGCGAUGAUACGUAAAACAGGAAGAAACCGAAUGACAGAAUUAGUACGUCAUUCAUCUUUCUGUACUGCUGCAGUCUUCACCAUCAGAGGAUAGGAGCAAUAUCUUUAAUGCGGAAGCCUUGGUGUGUAGUCCUAUGUCUGCAAUGGCUUGAAUGGAUUUCAGUUCGAAGAAACCAAGGGGUUUCAGAAUAAUUAUUUCAGAGUUCAUAUCCAAUAUAAUUGAUUAGCUAUUUCAAAAUAUGUAUGACAGCUGGCCGGUCGUCUGAAAAUCUGCACUUGUUUGGACAAGAUAGAGGGACUCCCUGGUAAGUCUCCUUGCACACACCUCUCUUUCUCUCUCUCUAUCUCCUCUCUUUCUCACUGCAGCUUUUCACCUCGAUUUUAAAAUUGCCCUCCUUAUUUUAUCAGCGAUGCGUAUUCUCAAAUCAUCUAUUAUGACGUAACUUUUUAUCGACUAAUCGGCAUAUCUUCGAAGCAUUUGCCUCUACGUUCAAGGUCAGUGUUGACUAUACCAUUCCGAUAAUUGUGCAAAUUAAUUUACAACUCCGCAAGGCGCUAAAAUUGAUUAGCAAAAUUAAUCGAUAAUCGAUGAAAAAUUUCCACAAGUAACAAAUCGGUGUAGCGUCUUUUUUCCUGCAUAGAAUCAAAGACAAAAGGGUUACCGAAUGUAUAAUGAAAAUGUUGAUACGAUUUUCGCGGGGAUACAGAGACGCAGUGAAUGCACAUUAAGGCGAAUUUAGUGAAAGGUAGAAUACAGUUGAAAAUCGAGAGCAUUGUGCAGUCAAGUGCCAAACAUUUGCAGAGCAUAUAAACUAUUCAGUGCAUGGACAGAUGAGGCAUCUUUAUGUUUAUCUAUUAGAAGCUAUGGACAAAGGAAAAGGUAGAUAUAUUAGGAGUGAUUGUAACGAAUGGAAGCCUAAUAAAAGACUUAUUUUAACACAUUUAAGAUUUAUGAGAGAAUUUCAGAUUUCGAGUUUAAUGUACCUUUAAAAAUAUGAAUUUAUUACUAUACAUUUAAUAAUCGGUGUAUGUAAAUGCUAUACAUACAAUUAAAAUGCAUAUAUGUAUAUCCCAGUAUAGGAGCUGGUGUGAAUUUUCAAUAGUUUACAGAAAAUCCGGAAGAAUAACAUUUACGAAUCAAAUUAUUUUAUUUGGAAUCAACAAAUAUCAAGAAAAAAAAUUUGAUGUAUGCUUAUCUAUGUAGUGAAUACUUAGUAACCGAUCCCUUAUUUGUUUCGAAAUGGGAAAAAAACAACAAAAAAAAUCAAUCUAUGUAUAGAAACAAUAUAUUUCUUUAUCGUUGGACGCUUGUAUUAUAAAUAAGUACAUUAAUCAGUACCUCUAAAGCGCAGUUCAAAGAUUUUUGAUUUUUCUUCACCAGCUUUGUAUAUAUCAAAUUUCUGAAACAAUUGAAAAUUUCAUCUAUCAUCUGUACAGAUCGUACAUCUGGUUCGAAAAUCUAAGAACUGUCAGCUCUCAUUGGUACCGCGUGUGACUCUGUGAUACCGUAAGCUAAGCUAUAAUUAUUUUGCAAUGAUUUGAAAGAAAAAAAAUAAUAAUAUAAAAGGUAAUCCAAAAUUACGAGAUGCGAGCCAAGCUUUGACUGCAGUGCAGUCAGAAGAGGCGGCGCACAGCCAGAUGCAUUGGUUGUCUAAAUCGUAAAUUUGUGAUAAUCAGUUUCUGUGAAAGUUCGGAAAAUUUUAUCUGUGACGAACAAGGCGCAGUUUAACAAACACGAAAAAUUAAUUUUGUCUCAUUUCGAACUCGUUGCCAUAUUUUGGCAUAAGCAGUUACAUAUGAACCUGUUAUGACGUACCUAAUAAAAAUAAAUCUUGCGGUAAAUUUUGAAAAUUGCCGAUUAAAUUCUGCGCGUUGUCAUUUCUAACUGAUCAAAAAGAUUAUUCGCGCAGGUAUAAAUAUCGAAUAUUUUUCAAUAAUUACCGCUUACUGUAAGACUGCUUAUUAAAAAUUACCGAUGGAGUGUUAAGAUGUGGUGCUGGGUUGAAUCUGUUACCGAAUUUAUCGGAUAACGUUUUUCUAUCUCGAAAAAUGUUCCUUAUCAAAUUCGCUACGAAUUCGACCCGUUGAAUCGAACUGAUUAUGCGGUGUUACUAGAGUUAAGGGUUUGUCGAGAUAUGAUCUAUUUAUUGUCCAAAAAUGUUGUUACCUUUCUGUUACUUACUUUUCUGUUAUAUCUGUCUACUUUUUUCUUCAAAUUUGAUUCCCUAAUCUUUAAAUUUCACUUUGGGACGUUUUGAGCUGAUUGUAUAACACAUGGUUGAGGGGGGAACAUUUUUUUAGCAUUUCGCGUCACACAGUGCAGUUGGUUACUAAGUCUGCGAGCGUAUCCAUCUUUACACUUGAUUCAAAUUUUCACAAUGAGUCACGUUAAAAAACUGCCAAUUCAAAAAAAGAUCAAAUAAUUGCCCAUUUCUUCCUUCAAAUGUUCUCAUAAUAUUGUCAUUCUUUUUUGUUAAUUCAUUAGUCAAAUUGGGUUUCUUCCUCGACCGUGACUGACUAUUAUAUCACUGCCAAAAGCCCAGGAACAACGUUAGUCGAAAUUUGAAAAUACUAGAUCCUGAACCAUAUCAGGAAGUAAAUUUUCAAAUUUUUACGGCCUCUAUACUUGAUGAUUAUUUAUUUUUUCACAUAAACUACCUAUACAUGAUGAUAGCUUUAGUCAUCGGUGAACUCGUGUUUCUCACUCAAUAUCGACUGACACUUAUACAGAUCACUGCAGUUUUGCUCAAUAAAUUUACUGAUCUCUUUUGGUUCUGAGUUAAAGAAUAACUGAUAUUGACAUCAAGAUCAAUUAUUAACCGGUGAAUUGUCAGGCGAUGGCGGAAAAGUGAGAUUACGAGAGUACAUUCCAUGCGUAUAUAUAUAAGUAUACAUGUUGGUAUAGUAAAUAACUUGUUAGCGUUUGAUAAGAAAUUCACAUAAAGAUUGUAGAUGUAUUGAUAAAUAAAUAAUAUAUCAAAAUUUUCAAAUGCUUACAAUAGACUUUGGUUUAAUCAUAUUAUGUAUCGCAAUUUUUAUGUCCGGUAAAUAAAGAAAAUUUCAACAAA